GUAGGGGAGAUAACCACGUUUACUUUGAAAAUUCACGUGAUAUUCUAGUCUACCACCCCGUAUUAUCCAGCCACUGUGUACAUUCAACGAAGGUCGCAAUUUUAUGUAAAAUUGAGUAGAAUAUUGGAGUUAAUUGAGGUCAAGAUACAGGAAGUUAGCUAAUUGACACCAACACUAACAAUUAAAUCCCUAAGGAAUGGUUUGAUUCAACUAAACUGACUAAAUGAUUGUGGUGACAGUUAAACGUAAAAACAGUAUGCCGGAAACCGGCGCUGGGAGCUGGCUCGUAGUAUUAGCAGCAUUUUUCUCCCAGUUUAUAAUAUGUGGUAUCACCUAUAGUCUUGGAGUAUUCCAUGUGGUUUUCAGGGAUCACUUCUCGGCCACACAUUUUGAUGCAUCAUGGACCGGAUCAAUUCUGCUGUACGUCACAGCUUUGUCAAGUAUUAUGUUACGUUUUGUAACAAGUUAUUGGGGAUGCCGUGUAAGUGUUAUGUUAGGUGGUAUCCUGGCGGCGACAGGACUUGGUCUCGGUAUGGUGGUAACAGAACUCUAUCAAGUGUAUCUUACAUAUGGAUUGCUUACAGGCAUUGGUUUUGGACUGGCUUGCUCUCCAUCGAUAGUAGCAGUUGAAAAAUGUUUUGUGGCUGGCAGAGUUAGUGCCCUUAGUGUUGUGGUUGGUGGGAUAGGUGCUGGAAUCAUAACAUUCCCUGUCAUAAUCCGAUUUUUAUUAGAACAGUAUGCAUGGAAAGGGACCAUGUUGAUUCUAGCUGGAGUGGCUCUUAAUUUGUGUGUUUGUGGAGCCCUCAUGAAGUCUAAUCCUGACGACAAGGAAGUUCGUCUGCUACCUCUACUAUCCUGUCUACCUCUACGUCAUCCAUUAUUUCACGGCAUGUGCAUCGCUAAUCUUUUCUGGAGUUUUGGAUCCACUGUUAUUUAUAUGUAUCUGCCAUCAUAUGCCAUGGCAAAAGGAACAGAUUUUGAAAGUGCCAUUUUCCUAAUUUCGUGUAUAGGAAUGGCUAGUUUCACCAGUAGAAUGAUUUUUGCAUUCAUGGGACAUAACUCUACACUAGACUCAAUAACUUCUAUUAUAUGUCCGAUUGGUAUCGGGGUGGUUAUCACUGGAAUAUUUCCAUUGUUGUUUAAAGAUUUUGCUGGUCAGCUCGGAUAUACGUUAUUAUUUGGAUUCUAUACAGGAUUUUGGACUACGUUUUUAUCGCAAGUAUCACGAGAGUUAUUAGGACCGGAAUAUAUUGCCCUGGGUAACGGAUAUCUGUCGUUUAUGAUAGCUUUAGGUUCACUGGCAGCUGGUCCUGCCACAGCUAUGUUAGUACAAGAAGAGAAUGAGUUUAAAUAUGCAUUUUAUUUAGCUGGAGCUUGUUUGUUAUGGAGUUCUGUUAUUAUGGUUCUGUUUAAAUUCAAAAAGUGUGGAGCUCUUGAUAAACCCACGGCUCAAGAUGUCAAAGUGCCAUUAAUUGCUGAAGAAGUAGUGCAAGCUCCUGAAUCCGAUGCAUGUUCGGAGCAUGGUGAUACAGAGCAUCGUGAUGCAGAAAGGGAAAAGGAAAAAUCUAACCUGCAGUGGUAUGAUGAAAAUUUAAUUGUGGAGGCAGUGAUCACCUCGGUAUAAUUCAACUAAUCCAAUUAUACAAGAGAAUACACAAGAUGUUUUCUUACCGUUGUCAUAGAAACAGUAUUCCAGCAAGAUUAUCACCAUGAUGAUAACAGAUUGUUAAUUCUAAACCAAAUAUAGGCUAUUAGAUUAUGUCACUUAUCAUGGAAAUAUUGGUUGUUGGACUCUGUUGUUGCACAUAAUCUUUAUUAUUCUACUUUAUAAUUUUGGUGCCAAUCUCUUUUUCUAGAGGCUUUGAUCUGUUUCGUUAGGUUUUUCCACAGAACAGUUUCAAGUUUCUAUUCAAUGUAGCCAAUCAGCAGCACUCUUACCAGCUUUCUAUGUUCACAAUGUUUCUAGGCACAAAGUUUUGGAUCAAAUUUAAUACAACAUUCCGAAUUUUACUGUUACUUCAAAAAUAUGUACACUUUUUAAUAAUAAUAUUCAAGAAUGUUGAUAAAUAUUUUGGCUUAAUUAACAAUAUGCAAUAUGUGUAGUGUCUACAAAUGAAAAUCUACUAUCAUGUAACUGCCCUUGUCAAUUCCAUGGAUUGCUGUUGGAGGGUAUGUUGUGUUGGCAUCCAAUACUUGUUAGAAAUUGACUGGAUUAUCUUUAUGUAGCUCGUACAAUAUACCGGUAUUUUGAAAGUAGUUGGUAAUGAUAAGUUUACUACGCAUGAGGUCGUGAACCCAGAGAUUAAAAAUUUAAUAUGAAAACAAUGUGUGAACUGUGAAUGCUUUAGAUAAGUCUAAACAAUAACAUGCAGUUAGCAUUUACAAAUUUUACCAAGAAAUAAAUUCUUUUUAAACAUGUCAUAUUCAAAACAGUAGAAAAUUUAAACGGUGUGUAAAAUAGAACAUGUUAUUUAGAUUUUGAAAUUUUCUUCAGGAAUACAUGUAUGUCUCUUAGUGGUCUUGAAAACAAACUUGAAGAUGAAACUUCAUUGGCGUGAGAAGUGAUUCCUGAUUUAUUAGAAGGGCAUGUGUUGUUAUAAUUAUACAUGUAAUAAGUAUUAAUUUCAUUAAUCAUUUUUCGAAAACAUGUUUUAGUUUUGAUAUUUAACAAACAAAGAGUUACACAAGAAUGUCCUAACAGGAAUCCAAAGUUAAAUUUUGAUGCUGGAGAAAAAUUUAUUUACAGUUUUUCACCAGUCCAACAUUACUUUUGGACUUCUGCUAGGACAGCCAAUUACUUUUGUGUAAAAAAAACUUGUAUCCUAAUAUUCCUAGUCUGUAAAAUAAACAACAGAAUAGUAGAUGAUGACUGUACUUGAAUUCACCGACUAUUGUAAGCGAAACUGUAUUUUAAGUUUAUCUCAGUGAAUUAGAAAAUUCAUGUUUAUACAUUAAAUUUUAUGAUAUUAAUAAUGUUUUAAUUGUGGUUGAUAGAUUUUAAUAGAAGUACAAUCAUGUAUGAUGUAAUUAUUGUUGAUAUAAGUACUUAUUACCGGUACUUUAUAUGACUGACAUAUUAUCAUAAUAUAUGUUGAAUAAUGGUAGUUUAUGGGUAGACACAAUGAAGUAAGCCUAUUCACUAUAACAUUGUAUAGUUUCAGUGACUACACCAGUUUUAUAGUAGAACCUAUAUAUAUAUAUAUAUAAUACACAGGGGAUUCACUGUAACCCGGUUGAAACCAUAUUAAUACCAGUCUUAUACUGAAACUCACCUUACACAGUGAAGUGAAUCAUGCUAUAUUGAAAUGGAAUGAAACAGGGUUUAUAGUCCUACUUUCUGCACCAUCCAGGUUAAUGAUAGCUUCCCACUAUAUUGAAAUCGUGGUUUUAUAUAAUUGUGCAGUGAUCCUAUUAGGUCUUAUCAUAUAUUGAGGUCAGCCGUAGCAAUCUUGUUGAUCGUAUCGAAACGUAUCCGAACAUAUCGGAACGUAGCAGAUGUGGACGCAAUAGGGACAAUCGUAUCGUAAUGCAUCGCACGACAGUGGGAUCAUGGCAUAAUAUAGAAGGCCAUACACUAUGCAGUGUGCUACGAAGGGAAAUUUUUUGUCUACACAGCGAUCUACUCUUAUUUGAAAUUCUGUCACAGCUUCUUUAACAUGCACACUGACAUGUACACUGGACCAUGAUUUUUCGUCCCAUCUGAAUGACGAGAUGCUGUAACUUGAAUGGAACUUUCUUGACCAACACUGGGAUGGAACCUGAUAUUUGCUAGUUAGCAAGUCAGCAUCUUUUUCAUUGAGCCACCACAGUUUCCCAUGUUAUAGUGAGGUACAAAUGCAUGCUGUACAUAAUGAGAGGCUCACAAUUCAAAAUCAGUGACAAAUUUAUGAAAGGAUUUAUGUGAUAGAACUAGAACUAAAAUCUCUGUUAAACCUAUAUGAUGCAGUAUUGAUGUGCGAAUUUUAUUUCUGAAUAUAAAAAGUUGUCUCCCUUGGAAAAUAUGCUUUGUACGUUGCUAUUGGAUAUUAAAAUAAUUGUUUUUUUGAUAUGUACACAAAUUAUAUAUUUAUGUUAUUGUAUUGUUAUAAAGUGAAUAUGUGAUUUUUAAUUAUUAACUUGUAUAUAAACAAUUCAAUGUUCUUAUGUCAUUUUUUUAUUGGAUAUCUUUCUUCUUCCUUUUGUAUACCGGUAUACACUUAAAAACUUUUUAUCUUCAAAAUAAUCUAUUUUUUGUAUAUGACUGAAAUUUGGGCUUGACAUGACAAAUUUAUUUCUUGAGACUGCUGUUAAAAUAAUAUUUUGAAUUUGAACCUUGUGUUGUAGGGUUUUUUUCUGGUUACUUACCAAACUUGUUUCUUUGUGUGUUGCAUUGUUGUCCUGCACUUUAUAUUAAUAUAUUUGUAAAGAGGAACCCAGUUGAAUUUCAGUUUAGGAUAUAUUGGUGAAGACAAGGUCUAUAUCUGGGACAACAUAAACUGUAGUAUACUGUGACUGUAUGAUAUACAAACUACUAUCACAAUGUUUUACUCAUAAGAGUUUUUAAUAUAUCAGAUAAUCGUGCAUUUUAUUUAAACAUACAUUAUGCAUGAGCUAAAUCUGCCUAUCGCAGGUCUUUCUUUAGGCCUGAAAUGUUUUAUAAAUUAUUAACUAGACAUAAUCAAAUCUCAAUGGCAUUGGAUACUCAAGAUUUUAACUAGAUUAGAAUGGUUUGCCAUUUAAAAAUUUAAUUUAAAAAUGGGAAAGCGAGGCUAAGUCUCGAAUAUACCAGUGCCCUGGUCACCACUAUGUGCACACAUUUUGUGAAAACUACAAACAGUCAGAACUUGGCUCAGAAUAAAGUAAUUUGAAUGAAAUUUUCAAUAUACAUUAUCUAUUUUUGAACUAUUAUAGCAAGAAUGGUCAGCUCUUUAUCUAAAUCUUACAUAAUGUAUCUUUAAUUAAUAAUACCCUUCAUUUUGUAAAGUUUGUGUUUUUGUUAGUGUUUUGUAAAUAUUUGUGCCAAUUAAAAAAUAUCAAUGCAAUUUUCAAUUAUAUCUAUAAUAUGUAUUUUACUGCCUGCAGGAGGCAGGGAACUGGACCAAGGGAUUAUAAAACUCUUUUUGACUCAAAUAAAGAAUUACUUAGUAACUUCCACGAUAUUAAUGGACUGUAGCAAUUCAUCUAAUCUGUUAGUCAGAUCAGGGGGCAGGGAGUUGCCAGUAGACAUGAGCCUUUAAUUUAAAGGAGGCCAUUUUCCUCUGAUAGAGGCAAAGAAUUGGUAAAGAUUUUGGAUGAUUCGUAUAAUUAUUAAUACAGAUAAAAUAUCAAAAAUGUAACUGAAAACAGCUUAUGUUAUUUAUAGCUCUACUUUUUUAUUUUUGGUUACUUGCAUGUAUUAAACAUUGAUUAUAAAAAUGUUGAAUGAGCUGUUUGAAAUGGAGCCUACAUUUUCCACCUGGCCUUGGUCAAUUACAAGCUCAAUAUGGGUCUGGUUAUUGUCAAAUGGAAAUUAUUUAUACUAUUUGAAAUAUGGAUAGCACCAGGGAUCUUAAUCAGCUGGUCUUUGUCUGCUUUUACUAUAAACACAAUUACUGGUAAGCAACUGAAAUUUGAGUAAAUCUUGAAUUGAGUCCCCCAAAAUAUGUUUUAUGGCCCUGGGUCCAGAUUAUUUUCAUUUGAUAUUAGUAGUUAUUUACCUUUGAUUAAAUAUUGAUAAUUAAAUAGUGUGUAUGAUGACACUUAACAAUAUUAUAAUCUUCUGGUUGAUGAUGAUGGUUGAAUGACCUCUUGUACAUAGAUAAUACUAAUUUUCCCACGAUACAGUAGAUGUACUAAUUAAUAGAUUAUAAUGUCUGGACUUCGACACCUGAAAUGUAUUUAUUAAUAUUAUAUCAUCUGGACUUUGGUAAUCACAAUCACAAUAGUGAUUGAUAGCCACACACAUGACUAAGUCAUUUGACCUAUCUGGACACCUAUGUGGAUGACUCAUCAAACAUCUAGGGGGAGGAUCCAGGUGGUCAGGACUUCCUCUUGCUCUGUCUCAAUUUGGGGGUUCCGGGAUCCGAAAUUGUCGGAAAUAGCAUUUACAGAGUCCAAUUCCUCCAACUUUUCUGGGGGAGAUCACCCAGACCCCUGCACCAUUGGCUUUGUGCCAAAGUGAAUUGUCACUACAACACUUUAAUAUGGAGAUGUGAAAUUUCUUGACCUGUCCCUGCUGAGAGUCCUUGAUUUGCUCCUGCUGAUACAAAAAGCAUUGGCAAACUGAAUAUUUUUGACAGAAUCGUAAUAUUACAACCCACAGAACAGUCUUAAUUAAAACAACAAAAGCAGUAAUAGAUGUAUUGAAAACUGUAGACAGUCUUAUUCACAAUUGUCAGAAGUUAAAAAUAUCAAAACCAUUCAUUACGAUUAAUUAGGAUAAAUCCACUACUAUAUUAAAAAUACAUUAUGCAAGAGCUAAAUCUGCCUAUUGCAAGUCUUUAUUUCGGUUUCAGAUGUUAUAGAAAUAAUUAAUUAGACCUUUAUUUAGAUGACAAGCUCAAAAUCAACUCUGUAGACCCUUGGAUGGCUUGGAUACAGCUUGGAUUUAAACAGUCAUCCAUUUAAAAUUAAAUCAAGAAAUGGCCGACCAAGCUAACGUUUACUGUUAGUCACUGACGUCACCACCGGAAACUUGUUUUGAAAGGCCUACCAAGCGAGGGUACCAUAGCCAAUGAGAAUGUUACUUGAUAAUCGAGAAUAUGUGGGUGGAGUUAGGAGCUAUCAUCUGUCAAUCAAACGAUCGACAAUUCUCGUAGACGGUGCGGACACAGUUGAUGCCUAUUUCUUGUCCAAACUUUCAACAGUGACAACUCCGUUCAGAAUAAAGUAAUUGGACUGAAAUUUUCAAUAUUUUCUUUUUUUAUCAUCUAUUUUUGAAUUAUUAUAGCAAGAAUGGCCAACUCUUUAUUAAAUAAAGAGCUGGCAGUUCUCACUACAAUAGUUAAAAACUAGAUAAUGUAAAGGGAAUUUGCUGAAAAUUGCAGUCAAAUGAUCCACUCUGAACCAAGAUUUUAGCGAUUGAAUUUUCGGCCUAGCCUCAAUAUCAUGCUAAAGUCAGUAUGAUAAAAAAACAUAGUCUCAUUAUCCAUUUCAUGAUUAAAUUAUGAAUGGAAGUCGAACAGAGAAUCGGAACCUAAUCGAAUAAAGACCGAAGGCUGGCGAUGACAUCGAGAGCUGAUUAUGGUCUAGAUAAGUUAAUUAAUGUCUAAUUAAUAAUUUAGAUAACAUUUCAGGCCUAAAGAAAGACCUGCAAUAGGCAGAUUUAGCUCUUGUAUAAUGUAUGUUUAAACUCUUAACUAAUGUAUCUUUAAGCAAACUAUAUAUAGGCCUACCUAUGUAUGUAACUAUGUAUAUUUAUAUAUAUUUAAUUUUGUCUUUUUCAAUAUACCAUGUAAUUAUGUAAAGUAGCCUAUUUGAGAAAUAAAUCGUAAUGUAAUAUAA